AGCAGAACGUUUAUGCAAAAUGGUCUUUUGCGACUAAACAGAGAACAAGGAAGUCAUAUUGACCUGACAAAUUUCACGUUUGAGGUAGAUUUCAUAUCCGACACCAAUCCCCAUUACAUGAGCUACGUGAGAACCUACAUUACGGCUAAGGAAGAUAUCCGGUAUCCGAUACCUGGACUCGGGAUAGAUUUGGUGAUGGGAAAGGGUGAAAGACUUUACUUACAUGAAGGUGAAGGAUACAGCUGUAAAUAUACUCUGGAACAAUUACAGAAUAUUGUGGAGAAAGCCGGACUUCGCCUGGAGGACACUUGGACAGAUAACCAGCAGCACGCUAUUUUCUGUCGGUGUACUACAGUAUAAACUGAGAGUUCGUUGUUGCCUAUUCUUUAAGAAAAAAACAUUACAAAUAUGUUUCCUCAAAGAUAUUGCCUUACAAAGAUACUGUCAGGCGAACUAUAAA